UUUUACGUAGAUGAGAAGACUAAUUUAGAAAUAAAGCUUUUGGAAUAUUAUAAUGACCCUGAGAAUAGACACAAAUUUGAAAGCAGUGAAGAGGAGGGUGAAAGAGAUGAGGAGGGUGAAAGAGAUGACGAGGCAGAAAAGGCAUUGGAGAUGGUUUUAAAGUGUGGAAGUAAGAGAAAGAACAAAAAUGUAAAAAGUAGCGUUUAAAAAGAAAAGAAGAGGAAAGAAAAGAAAGAACAAGAAAAGAAAAAGAAAGAAAAAGAAAAGAAAGAAAAAGAAAGAAAAAGAAAAAGAAAGAAAAAGAAAAGAAAGAAAAGAAAGAAAAGAAAGAAAACAAAGACAGAAAAAGAAACGCCAACCCAAAAGAAAAACUUCGUAAAAAAAGAACUGGUUAGUAAAAUAAACCUUGUCUUUAGGGCUCUUUAAAUCUGAUAUAAAAGAGAAAAAUUUUUUUAAGAAAUUAUCAGAAAAUUACUAACCUAGAAAUUUAGCACAGCUAGUAAUAAUAAUUUUUUAGCCUGCGAUGAUAACAUUUGGAGAUACUGGAGCAGGCGCGAAUAAAAACGACUGGAAUGAAAAUAAUAAUGAAUGUAAAGAAAAUAAAGGAUGUGUCGAAGUAACACAAAACAGAUUGCUAGAAAAUAUAGCUAGUAUUCGUAAUGAUGUUGUAGAAACUGAAAAGAACAGGGAGAAUGAAACAGAAUUAAUGGAUUGUUUACAACCUUUACAACGUACCGGUGAUAACAGUAGUGGUAAAACAACUGAAAUUUUCGAAAUACCAGAUUUUGAUAACGAAUCCAUCAAUUUUGGGGUCAAAGAGAGCGGUGUUCAAUUUGCAACACAGGUCGAUACAGCGGCAACCCAGCAAUACCACAGUGCCUGCUUUUCAAGACUCCUGCAACAAAACACUCCGCUUGCUCAACAGUUUGCUGAAAUAAAAGCAAACAAUGUUUACUUGCAGGGUAUCCUUCACCAAGUCGUCGCCAAUCAAGAACGAAUCAUUGGGAAAUUGGCAAUUCUUGAUCCGAAUAACGAAACGUUUGACAACAUCAUAUUCACCAACGAUUAUGAUGGAUAAGCAUGGAAAAAUAUGUUUUCGGAAAAAAGACCGCUUUCCACGCCUCCAACCUACUCCAAAACAACCGUAUAAAGUACAUGUGUGGGCUGGUAUUUUAAAGCGCGGUUCCUCGAAAAUAGCAAUAUUUUCAGGGAUCAUGAAAAAAAAUUUUUAUGAAGACAUAUUGAAAGAUACUUUGCUUCCAUUUAUUAACAAGGUUUACCCUGACGGACAUAGAUUUCAACAAGACAACUAUCCCAAGCAUAAAAGUAGGUAUCCUUAAAACGAGAAUGUACGUUUUUAUAAGAACAUGUUUUAAUUUUUAACACAGCCUUUUUUAUAAUCUAUCCCCCUUUUUUAACCUAGGUAAAUUAGCAAUGAAGUUUAUUCAGGACAACAACAUAAACUAUUGGCAACUCCAGCUGAGAGUCCCGAUCUUAAUACUAUCGAAAUGUUAUGGCAUGAAUUGAAACAUCAUAUACGUAAAAAAAUUAAACCAUCUGUAAAAGAUGAGUUAGUAAAUGGCAUAUGUGAUUUUUGGAAAACCGUUGAUUGGAAAAAGUGUCAGCGAUACAUCAAU